AUGAAGCAAAAAUUGCAUACUUUUUUUGUUAUCAUAUGCUUAGUCGUAGUAUUGUAUUGUGGUGGUAUUGAUGGAAAACAAAAUAAUAAUAUAAAAAGGGAUAUGUGGAUGUCCCGAUUUUUUAAUCAUAAAAACGGAAAAUAUAUGAAAAAUGAGAAAAAAGUAGAAAAAUCGGAAGGUGCUAAUAAAAACAAUGAAAUAUUAGAUGAUAUACAUAGUGAUGAUAUAGAUGAAAUAGUCAAAAAUGUCCUUAAAAGUGAAAAUGUUGAUAAUCAAACUUUGAAGAUUAUAAAAGAACUUGAUAAAAAAAAAAAUGAAAUAAUUAUUGCCAAUAAAAAAAAAAAUUUAUAUAAAUCUAGCGCAUUUAGCAUGGGUGUAAUAUUUGUUGGCCUUGCUUUGCGUGAACUCACAGCAUUGUUAGUAGGUUUAUAUCUAGACAAACAUCCUAAUACUAAAGCUAUAUUUGAUCGUUUGAUUUUCAACAAAUGGAAAUAA